CGUGUCCAUGCGGCUGAGUCAAUUCGAAGCGCCUCGCCGAUGCUGACCUCUUGACAUUUUCUCCUCGGCCAGCUCCCGAAAGAGCUCAAAUCCGCCUGCUCCCGAAAGAGCUCAGAUCCUUCGCUGUAUUCCCAAUGCCAGUAAAGCCGCCUGCGACUUUGACUCAUGGACCGGGUUUCGACGGCUGUAGCACUGGAACCUUACUACACUAAUAUCAGCUCUGCUAGCUCACAAGUCAAAUUACUCACCCCAUCCUAUGAUCUCACAGUACUUCGGGGGCCUAUGGUGUACUACUAGUAUUCCAGAAUCCGCAAGCUUAUUCCUUCUUCACUCACGCCGUGAAUGAACAUGGGGGAUGGGCGCACAUGGAGUUUGGAAGUGUGGUUCCUGGCAGACCCUUGAGCUUCCACUUGUGGGCACCUCAGUGGCAGGCUACAGCACCACGCACAUCCUUGGCGACCUUGAUGACAGCUGCCCAUCGAAGUGAAAUGCAUCGCGCAUUCUCCAUCUCGUUGCCGCCUUCGUGAUCAUCACAUUUGCUUUCUACUACUCGAUGAACAUUCUGUUUGCCGGCCCCCCUUGACGUCAAUCAAUCAUAGACCCAGAUAUGUGAGGCUCAAACAGCCGCUGAAAGCUUUUAUUACCCACAGCUCUUGAAUGCGCCAACGAUCACCCUUCCUCUCAAACCACGGCGAGCUAUGAACGAUGAUUCCGAGCCGAGCUUCGCGGCCCGGCAGCAGGAGCAGGAGCAGCAGCAGCAGCAGCAGCAGCAGCAGCAGCAGCACAUCCCGCCACACAAUGCAAACGAGGAUGGCAGCCGGCGCAAUGACAACCACGAGCGGUCCACGGAGCUGAACGGCAGCGCUCAUGAUGAUAAUGAUGAUGAUGAUGACCAGACGUCACGGGAGGAGAAGCGCAAAUUGGGCCUGAAGAAGAAGCUACAGUUCAUGAGCCACCUGCAGAGAAAUCUCGACAUGAUCUACUUUGCCUAUCUCUGCACAUUAUACUAUAUGGAAUGUUCCUUUCUCCGUCUAUUCGUACGCAUCAUUCCACACUUCAUGUUCAUUACCCCGAAAGAGGGUCCCGUCCUUCUACCGGCCGAACGUCCCCAUGUCUUUGCCAUCCUCGGACCGAAUUUGAUAUGCAUCCUUGCACACAUCAUCUCUGCACCACCAGUCGCCGGCGAAGCGACGCGCGGGUAUCUACACGGGGGCGUGAUAGUCGACUUCGUUGGGCAGAAGCCACCAACGACGAGGCUAGGUCCUUUGUUCUUCGAUGCGGUGAUACUGGCUAUCCAGUGCUUGAUGUUGGCUAUCCAUACGGAGCGGGAGAAGCUGCGCAAGGUUGUGAAUCCCUCCUUACAACCUCUCUGGGCUGGUCCCGGUCAGGUUGGACAGCAGACGGGGGCAUCAGGUAGCGACGGCGUGCGCCAGCCGGAGACUUCCCAGACUUUGGAUGCGGAAGAACGGGGCGUGAAUAGGGAAGAUGAGAUGGCUCUAGGCGAUGGAGAAGGGACCGAAACAGACCGCCUGGUGGCAGAAAGCCGUGGCGGUCAGGGGCAGGAUGAUGAACAGCGGCUGGGGUCCAACUAUUCUCCAGCAUCUGCCGGCAUAGACUUGUUUGACGUGAUGAGGUCAGGCAAUGCCAGUGUGGGUAGCUUUCAUCCGGUACACGCCAUACGUACGGUAGGGAAUGACUACCAGACGGCUGCGGCUUACACGGUCCAAAGCAUUGGUUUCCAUGCGGCCGCCGUUGCUGGCAACCGGGGAGUUAGAGGAAUUGCUGGGAUUACGAAUAGAGCGGCCAGACGGGGGAUAUGAUGGAAAAGCAUUUGUACACACUAAUACUUAGUGCCGAGACCCACGAAAGCGAAUUUGAUACAGCAAAAGUAUGACCUAACAGAGCUUGAACAUGCAACAAAAAAGAAAGCAUCCGGUUUAUAAUUCUUUACGCUACCUUCCUUCCCACAUUACCAACGCCCGUACCCUUGACCGAGACUACUAGAUCAGUCGUCUCACCGUCAUCGUCGACAUCCCUUAUGCCCCAGCUGGCCGCUCCGAAUUUCUUCAAGUCUCGUGCUAGCCCUAUUGUCUCCUCCCUAGCCAAUACUUCCCUGCCUAACCUGAGGCGACCCACAUCCUCCGAUCCCAUUGCCAUCAGUGUAAGCAAGGUCGGUGCCGAUACGUUACUGACGCAACCUCCCUGUGCGAUAACCUCCAGCAGCUGGUACGCGCACCUUGCGCCUAUAUCCUCGGGCACGACACCACCCUCGGGCGGCGCUACCACAUCAGCCGAGUAAAGCACGCCGUCCGCGCUCGACUCCGCCACCAAGCUGAGGCCAAAACCGAUACCGAUCUUCUUCUUGGCACCACUCUUGUCGCCGACCAGCGGCGCCGGGUCGUACUGCGCGGCCACGUGCACGUCCGAGACCAGCUGGUUGAGCACGCCGCGCGCCGCCGUGAUCAUGCGGUUGUUGUGGCUGGCCGACACGCCCGUGCAAUACGCCACGCCGCGAAUCCGCCGUAUCCUGCCGGGGCGCCGAUUCAGAUGCAGUGUCUUGGGCAGGCGAACCUGACUGGCGAAGCGAAGCUCGACCACGCCGCCACCGCCACGGCCGCCGGGGCCGGAACAAGAGCGCGAGAGCACGCGCAGCUCGAUGCGCGCUGGCGGGAUGCCGAACAUUCCAUACAACGGGAGCACGGCCGUGCGAAAGGAGUCAACCGAAAUGUCGCCGGUCAGGUGGGUGGCCGAGGUGAUGACGCCGGGGCCAGUGAAGCGGACGUUCAUGUGGGCUUUGGAGAAGGGCGCGAGUAGGGCAAGCGGGAGGAGGAAGUAGGUGAUGCCGCGCGUGUUGUUGGCGGGCAGGGUGUGCUCGACUACGUCGCCAACGGCGCCGGCGUUGACGCCCGCGACCGUGCCGGUGAUCAAACCGGGCUGGUAUGUAAUGGUGGUGCCCGAAUACGAGACAUCGAUGACGGAGCCGUUGGUGAUGGCCUCGAUAAGGCGCAGGAAGGAGACUUCGUGGGGCGCAAGACCUGGAUGUGUGGCCGAGCUGCUGCGGAUCUUGGAAAUGUGCACUGGGCGGCCGGUAAGGGUCGAGAGAACGAUCCGGUGCGUGAAGGCGCGGUGCCCCGUAAAGCGAAUGAAGUCGGUUUUCUCGCCCGACAUGGUGGCGGUUGUCAGGUCGUUGGUUUCACGCUGUCCUGGGCUCAGUCGUGUGAAAGUGUAAUUUCCUAGUCUUUUGAAUUCUUCGUAGGCGAUCGCGCCCCAACUCGUCGGGCAGUGGUCGUCGGUGAUGGAUGAAUGGGUAUGUCGCGGUUUUAAUGGCGAAUGAUUCUGAAUUGGAAAGCUC